AACUAGACGAUCCGAUCAACAACGAUCCGUAUCUGUAUCCGUUGGGUGGCUGGCCGCUAGAAUAUAGUCUGCCGUGGAUCGUCGGACCGUUCAGUCUUUUUGUGUCGUUCAGUAUCAUCCGAUUCGUGUGAUCGACAGCACAGCCGAAUUUUUUUUCUUUUUUUUCUAAUUCCUUGAAGUAACCAAAAACACAAAUCAAAAUGGCUGAUGAUGAGGCUAAGAAGGCUAAACAGGCUGAGAUCGAGCGCAAGCGUGCUGAGGUGCGCAAGCGCAUGGAGGAAGCCUCCAAGGCCAAGAAGGCCAAGAAGGGUUUCAUGACCCCAGAGAGGAAGAAGAAACUCAGGUUGCUGCUGCGUAAGAAAGCCGCUGAGGAGCUGAAGAAAGAACAGGAACGCAAAGCGGCUGAACGUAGACGCAUCAUUGAAGAACGUUGCGGCAGUCCCAGGAAUCUCAGCGAUGCCAGCGAAGGCGAAUUGCAAGAGAUUUGCGAAGAGUAUUACGAGCGUAUGUAUAUUUGUGAAGGCCAGAAAUGGGAUCUGGAAUACGAAGUCAGGAAAAAAGACUGGGAGAUCAACGAUCUCAAUGCCCAAGUUAACGAUCUUCGCGGCAAGUUCGUCAAGCCAGCCCUGAAGAAGGUCUCCAAAUACGAAAACAAAUUCGCCAAGCUGCAGAAGAAGGCCGCUGAGUUCAACUUCCGCAACCAGCUCAAGGUGGUGAAGAAGAAGGAGUUCACGCUGGAGGAGGAGGAGAAGGAGAAGAAACCCGACUGGUCCAAGGGCAAGCCCGGAGAUGCCAAGGUGAAGGAGGAGGUUGAGGCCGAAGCUUAAGUGUCCACACGUCCACUAGUGUCCACUGACCCGUGACUCCCGCCCUAAACAAUAAUUGGAUUUUAUUUACAACAAUUAUCUGAAGCAAUACAAUUUAUAUAAAUCUAUUAAUAUAUAUAUAUAUCCGCAAAUAUAUAUGCAUGUAUAUAUCUCGCCAUAUAUAUGUGUCCACAAUGGAUUUGAUCAGAAAUGAAGUCAAUAAACAACAACAGCAACAACUAAAACAA